AGGUUAGGUCCUCAUGGUCGUGUAGAAGUAGAGGAUCUGUUACAACCUUGCGGUCACAAUUAAACCCUACCUGCCUGUCACGGUGCAAGACAAAAAACGAUCCGUAAAGAAAGUUUAAUAUACAGAAAUAAGUACAUACUUAGAACCGCCGAGUAGAAGUAGAGAAACUUGAAGUAGGACUUUAAUACAUCCAUCCUAUUCUAAUUUUUCGAGAAGACCACUCCUUCUAGUACCUUGCGCUACAACCAAAACCAAUCACCACAAAUCUUUCCACUUUACAUCGAACCAUUAUAGGGCUGCGGGACACGACAAAGGUGGAUUUUGGACACAUAAGUACGCGCUACUUGAGCACAUCACCGUUUGUUUCCACGGUAUUUACAUUGUGCUGUGUCCAUACACCGAAUCUAUCUUCUUGAGGCCAGGUGGUCUAUCUUCACUGUGCUUUCAAAAAAACUGCUGCUGCAAAAAUGUCGUGGCGUGCGGAGUCGCAAUUUGUCACUCAGCAGCAGGUAUCAAAUGCAAAAAUGUCUGGGUCUGGAAGGUUGGAACUUGUGAUGCAAACUCUGGAACACACAAAAACUUGUGUUGCAUGAGCGCCAAAAGCUGUCCAUUUCUUGGCACGCAAGUAGGAAGCUUCUCAUGCGGGACAGGCAUCACGAGGCGUGCUCAAAACCUGUGAUGCUCUUGCAUGCAUCAGACGCCAUUUGCGUGAUCCGAAAUAUGCAUGACAAGUCUCAGAAUCUUCCAGACCCAGACAUUUUUACAUUUGAUAGCAGGAGAAUGAGAAAAAUUUCAUGAAAAUCGCAAAGAAGAUCCGCGACAUUGGGAAAUUGGAACUGCAUAUCAAAAGAAAAAAGUUCGUCACGAUCACUCAUGGGCAUUUUUGCAAUACAAAAUUGUCUGUCAUGCGUAAAAAUGCAUCACAGCCACACUUCAUAAGGGAUUUCUCUAGUGUUUCUGUUCUGCAAUACAAGGAGAAGUUGUGAUGCUAAAAAAAUUUGUAAUGCAAAGCCUGCAACUAAGUGACUGUGACAAACUUUUUUCUCUCAAUACUGCAAGCGCAUGUCGAGGCAAACCAGCAACAGAAAUUGCAGCAGAAGGCAGAGUUGUUGAACGAAAUCGCCGAAGUGAAAGUCGAUCGGAGUUUUUGGAGCAAAUUCGACGACGUAUUGGUUUUUUCGUGUUUGAUAUGCAUAUGAUGACGAUGUAUUGAUGCACCAUUAUUUGUAGUUUUUGCUUUUGGCAUGAUCAAGAUCACGUCUGGCUGUCGCUUAGUCUCAAUCCAACCUUUAAAUCCGUUAAAAUUAAAUAAAAACAGAUCUGGGCCCUCCUUCCACCAAAAGCGCAGCAGCGGAUCGAGUUUCGCAAGGCACAGGCCGACGCCGAGGAGAGAAGGAAACAAGAGGAGAAAGAAGAACGAAAACAGCGCAGCCUGAACCACGUUGAAGAAGAUGUCAGGAGAGCACCAGUACAGUUCAUAAUUUUGGUUCUUGCAUAUCAACAUGAUGAGGAGAACACAUCACUAGUACUUGCAUCAACAUUUCAACAGAAUGUUGACAUGUCGCACCUCUGGUCGUGCUAGUUCGACUUUGACCCCAACAUGCUAUAAUCUUCAUACACAAUUACUUGACCAACUACAGGAACUCAACUUCGUGGUUCGUCACGAGCGGCCGGUGACCGACAUGUGCUACGACGAGCAGAUAUGGAAGCGUCAGGUUUGAAAUCGUCAAAGUCGAAAUAGUUUGCCAUGCAUAGAAUGCAGCCCUCAAAGUGCCUGUCGUGCAGAGUAGGCAAGUAAGGCAGGUUGUAAGCCUCUUGAGGGGUAGAAACUGAGCUGCUAAAGUAGCAUGACAAAAGGCGUCUUUCUUACCCAAACAGCAUGACAAACUGGAUUCCGGCUCUACCUAAAUUUGUCAUGCGCCACUUAGAAACUGGUUCACAACUUUCAUCCAUUUUGUGCAUUACAAGUUUUUUCAACUUUGUCGAUUUCAAUCCUGACACAUCCAUAGCAAACCGGCUUUCUCUAUUCCAGUUCCAAGGACAAGGCGGUCGUCCGGUGGGACGUGCAUAUCCAAGAAAAAAACGUUGUUAGUGUAAGUUUGUGAUGCGGAACAUGCAAGAUGAUUGCCUCUGUCAUGCUUGGCAUGCGUUGUAGGGUCCACUAGAGGGCGUUUUCACGUGCUAUCUGCGCAUGACAGGUUUUUGCUGUCAUUCCAGAGAGAUUUGUAAUGUUGUUCCUCCAAAAAACUUACACCUACAAUUUUUUUUUCUUGGAUAGUGCAGGGGCACAAGAUAGUAGCGCACACGACCCUGUGUGGGCACGAGGGCGCGGUCUGGUGCGUCGACGUGCACCGGGGGGAGGUGGUAACCGGUGGCGCGGACGGGCUCUUGAUCUUCUGGUCCGCAGACCCAAAUGCCGGCCGGGGAAAGAAGGAGAAGGUACCUACAUACUUCGUGAAAAGUAGAUUUUUCGUAACAUAUUACGCGGUGCGAAAGCGCUUGCUUACCUUGACGUACGCAAACACUUUUUGAAUUUGCCAUGUAGAUGUACAAGAAAUAUGUUAUUAUACACGGUUUUACAUCAAGCGACAACCAACCUCAAAUGAAAACAGAUCCAGCAGCCGCACAAGGUCCAGAACUAUGGCGGGAUUAUCAAAGGGCUCCGGGUGCAUGACGCGGGGAUUUGCCUUUACACCGACAAAUUCGGCCCGAAAAACCCGGCGCACAUCGCCUGCCUUUCCCGUGACGACCCCACGCAGGUGAUCUGGAAGACCACGGACAUUAUCAAAUGCAAAUAUGUCUGGGUCUUGAACGUCACAACUUGUGAUGCUGUCUGUGGAUUCUAAAAAAAUUUGUAUUGCAUGACCAGCAAGAGGGGUCGGGUUUGUCCUACGUCGAGAGGGCAUUUCUCAUGCGGUAGAGGUAUCACAAAGCCCCCUAAAAAUCUGUGAUGCUACGGCAUGCAUCACAGAAAUCAUGGCUCAUGGAAAAUAUGCAUGACAAAUCGAGAAAUCUUGCACCAGACCCAGACACUUUUGCAUUUGAUAGACAUCCACUGCAAGAUUAACCAGCUGAUCUGGGGUCCGGUGGGGCAGCCAAAAAUCUUUACCGCGCACGACGACGGUAAUUUGAACAUCUGGGCCGGAGCGGGCGACGGCGAGGGCGGCGGAAAGUUGAUGAAGAGCGUGACGACGCUGCAUGACAAGGCGAUCAUAUCGAUGAACACGCACAAGAACUUCAUCUUAACAGCCUCCAGCGACAUGACGGUGAAGGCAAUAAAUUCCGGAUCCAAGGACCUCCCGGUUUGCUUUCACGCCAAGGCGAAUAGGCCACUCAGAGCAGUAGCGGCAUGGGACUUCCCAGAGGAGAAAUGUGAAAAAAUUUUUCAAAAUGCUUAUGCAUUGCAAAAGUGCCGCUCUUAUCGUAAGCGGACUAUGAGUAGAAAUCGCAAUACAAACUUUCCCAAAAAGAGUAAGAGAUGAAGAAAUGCAUAUUUUCCAUGCUUUUUUCCUUCAGAUCAUCGAUCUGUUAUGCAUGAAAAGCACACGAAUCCAAAACCACCAGGUUUCGCCUUCGUCUACGGGGGUGGCCGGGAUCCGAAGGACGUGACAACUUCCUACCUUCUACCGGAUGAGUUCGACUUUUACCAGUCCUACCUCGGCGAGUCGCAGUCCACCAUUAUGACCAAAAACGGGUCGGCCGGGCCGCUGCACCGGCUGAUUUGGGUGAUAUGGAUUGCAAAAAUGUCUGGGUCUGGAAGAUUGCAACUUGUAAUGCUGUCUUUGGAUUCCACCAAAAAAAUCUGUAUUGCAUGACCAGCAACAGGACUCCAGUUUGUGUUACGCGGACGAGAGGGCAUUUCUCAUGCGGAAUAGGCAUUAGGAAGCCCUCUAAAAAUCUGUGUUGCUAGAUCAUGAAUUAGAGGCAUCAAUCAUCAUACAAAAUAUGCAUGACAAGUUUGCAUUCUUUCAGACCCAGAAAUUCAAAUUUUUGCAUUUGAUAGGUGAACCCGCUGAACAAGGUUUUUGCGGCUAGCGAAGAUGGUGAAGUGAAGAUGUGGGAUAUCCACAGAAAAAAACCCAUCCACAUCCAAUUUGUCGUGCAAAACACGUAUCAAAUCAUGUGUUUGUCAUGCAAAAACUGGAUGUGGAUGGGUUUUUUUCUGUGGAUAUGGGACGCAGAAACGCUACACCAGAUGAGAUGAUAGGAGAACCCGAGAUGAAUCUGAUGUUCUUCCAAGUUCUGUGCCGCGCCGAUGUAGUUCUUGCCGACGGGCGAUUGGGUGGGUUGCUAUGCAGUUUUUACGUACUCAAGCAGCCUGCUGACCUUCAUUUUCCGCCUUCUGGAGUUUAGUGAAUGACGGUUCAUACUGCGCAUUCGUGUGGUAACAGGGACGAGGCUAUGAAGAUGCAAGAAGACAAACGCUGCUGACAUAAGCAGGAUGGCAAUGGAUCCAAUAUCGGCCAACUACAUCGAGUAGACUUGUUCCUUUUCAAAACUUUUUCAAGAUACAUGACAGCGCCCGUCAUGUAUUUCAAAGGCUUUUCUAAGUUGAGCCGAUUCAUCAUCGGCUUCAAGUAGUUUGGUUUCCAUCAUCGACUACUGAUAUGGAAGAAGUUGCACACAUGCAAUCGCGCCGCGCGCCCGCGCGUCACCUUUUUCAUCAAGGACAAGUUUUUAUACGCAGAACAAAAAUCGACACUUCUUUAUCAACUGUUCAACAUUCCACUUCAUCUGAAAAGGAGAAACCUCCGCCUCCGUGGGAGACCGCGAGGCAGGGAACUUUUACACAGAUUAAAAUGACAACAGAAAUCUUCGAUGAAAGCAAGCAAGCGGGGAAGCAAACGCAUAGUAAAAUCGUGGCGUUGAUACGUCACAAAAGCCAAAGCACUCAAAUCCAAAUGCGCAGAAU